AUGGCUCCCACAACACAGUCUACCGACCUUGCCACGCCCAGUCGCAAUUCCAAUGCCAUUGACAGUGCUGCUGCCAACAACAUCCCAGAACCCGAAUGGAGGGCUGAAAAAGAUGAAAAACAUGCCUACGACAUUUCCACCUCGACGAGCAAGAGCAGGGACGAAUCCACCCUGAUGACCCUGCCAGGGCCAGUUGAGCAUGGGCAGCCCCCAUCCGACAUCGAGAGCGACGGAAGUGCAACCAAGGUGGUGCCAGGUCCUCCGCCGGAUGGAGGUCUCCAGGCCUGGCUGCAAGUCCUCAUUGCUCACCUGGUCAUAUUCAACACCUGGGGCUACAUCAAUUCGUUUGGCGUGUUCCAGACGUACUACCUCAGCACCCUGGACCAGUCCCCCUCACAGAUCUCAUGGAUUGGCUCGGUCCAGGUCUUCCUGCUCUUCUUCAUCGGAACCGUUUCAGGCCGCGCAACCGACGCUGGCUACUUCCGUCACACCUUUGUCAUCGGAACCGUCCUCGUCAUCCUCGGCAUCUUCAUGACCUCGAUAUGUACCGAGUACUGGCAGCUUUUCCUUGCCCAGGGCAUCUGCACCGGUAUUGGGAACGGUCUCCUGUUCUGCCCCACGCUGGCCAUCCUGCCUACCUACUUCAAUAAGAAGAGGGCUAUGGCUGUCGGACUUGCUGCCUCGGGGACCACCACGGGUGGCAUGAUCAUUCCUGGCAUCUUCGAGGCGCUCCUACCCCGCGUGGGAUUCGGAUGGACCCUCCGCGUGCUCGGUUUUAUCACCCUGGUCUUCCAGGUGCUCUGCUUCGUCCUGUCGCGGACUCGGGUUCCGCCCAGAACCGUCGGGCCCCUGGUGGAGUUCUCAGCCUUCACGGAGUUGCCCUACCUAUUCUUCACCAUCGGCGUCUUCUUCUGCUUCUGGGGUAUAUAUCCCGCCUACUACUAUAUUGGCGAGUACGCAAGCAGUAUUACCGGUUUCUCCCAGGCAGAUUCCAUCAACCUCCUCAUCAUCAUGAACGGCAUCGGCAUCGUUGGUCGGCUGCUACCCCCUUACCUGUCUGACAGGUGGACUGGCCCAACCAACAUGAUGAUCCCCUUCGUCGUGCUGUCCGCCGUGUCGCUGUACUGCUGGGCAGCCAUCUACACCGCAGGCGGGCUCUGGGCAUUCUCUUGCAUCUAUGGGCUCUUCAGCUCUGGCGUCAAUAGUCUGUUCCCUACUGCCCUGUCCGCGCUGACUACAGACAUGACAAAGAUGGGGGUGCGCAUGGGCAUGGUCUACACAGUCAUCAGCUUUGCGACGCUAACUGGCACGCCCAUCGCGGGCGCCCUGAUCAGCACUAACGGUGGCCACUACCUAAGUAUGGAGAUGUUUGCUGCCUCGCUUCUGAUGAUCGGAGGCCUCUUUCUGGUGGCCGCCAGGAUAUCAAGAACAGGGUUGAAGCUGAAGGCGAGGAUGUAG